CCCUGAGUCCCCUCGUGCGCACGCACGCCGUGCCCGCACUCGCCCCGCGCGAGUUGCAUGGCGCGCGAUCCGCACCCGGCGGGUCAUGAUCAGAUGUUGAAGGCAGCGCCCAAAGUCCCGCGUAAUUACACAGCGCAGCUGUUCGCGCGUCCUGUGUUUCCAGUGCUCGUCCUCGGCGCGUGGUCAUCGACCAUGUGCACACUGAGCUCUAGUCAGCCCACAUGAACUACACCUUAUCGGUCGAUCGUAGAAAUUAAUGUUCCCAUACUGUUCCCCAUCGCCGCUUCUAGCUGAUUCCGUUGUGCGGAAGCCAAUGCAUGCGCGAAGGGGCCUCUACUGUUUCAUUGCCUUUUUCCUCCACCUCCGAUGCCUGGUUUUACAACCACUUGGGUUCUUCAUCUCAGGCGAUGAGCGCAAGAGGGAACAAAACGAUGAAAGGCAUCCAAAUGAGAAAAAAUUAAAAAGAGCGAAGACUGACAUAAAGUUAAAAAAGUAGUAGUAGAAACUUGCCUGUUGAAGCUACGAGAUCUUUUUCCUCAUGAAAAAAAAUUCGAAAGAUUACGGGUCUAGUUUUGUUGCAAUAAUUUGGCUGAUGUACAGCGACCAUGUCUGGUGGUCGUUUUGCGUAGGUAGUCAAUUUUUGGUAGUCACACAGAAUUAAUCGAACGAAACAGCGGACAGAAGUUCGAAAGGUGGGCCGGGUUUACCGAUCUCUUACGCCCGACGCACGCGCCUCUUGACGCACGCCGUAAUGGCGAUUUUUUCAGAGGAGGUGGCGGCGUUGCAGCCCGUUGCGUCGCAGAGUAUGCAGCUGGAUUCAUCGCAGUCUUCGCCGUGUGCUGCAGCUUCUGUCCCUACUAGAGCUGCUGAUGUGGAGGACGAAAAUACUAGUGUAUCGAAGCUGCCCGACGUCAAAACAACCACCCAUGUUGCCGCAGUGGAACCAGCAGCAGAGGAGAAAGCUGCAACACCGCACCGGCCGGCGCAACCGCGGAGCAAGGUGUACAAGGGCCAGGUAAAGUUCUUCAUGGUCACGCAGAAGUACGGCUUCAUCAUGCAGGAGGACGGCACAGACGUGUUUGUCCACGCGAACCGCGUGAUCGGGCGCCCCCUGGCCCGCGGGGACGAGGUCACGUACGAAAUCCAGCCGGACGAGCGGUCCGGCAAGAUGGUGGCGUACAAUGUGCGCGGCGGGACUGGGGGCGCGUUUGACGUGUACGGGGAGCGCGUGGACCACCGCAACGUGCACCUGUACGACAACGACUUUCACGCGCAUCAACCGCUGCACUCUCACGGCCCCCUCCGGGAUCAGGGAUCGACCAAUCACAGCAACCGCAAUCUCGUCCGCGACGCGGCUUUGCUGGAAAACAAAAGUGCGAGGACCAUGGGGAGCAAGGACCAUGUGAAUCACGCAACGUCCCUCCAGGCGGUCCAGCCGGUGCGGAAAAUGCUCGACCACCAGGAAUUUGCGGAAUGGCGGUGGGAUGAGGACAACGAGCAGCGCGCGUUGCCGCCCCGCCCACCGGGCGCGGGUCCCGCUCCCCUGCGCAACGCCAACAGCCGGCGACCGUCCACGAUCGCGUCGGUCGACAAAAAGUUGUCGAGUGUGGCGGUGGACAACAAACAGCAUGGUAGGCUUUUCAACUGUGCACUCAUCUGCUUGGUAUUAGCAGUUGAUUCUCGGGACUACACUCAACUCCAAUAAGUCAUUUUCAUGACUUUGGGUUAGGGUCAGGAGAACAAAAUGAAGCCCGCUCCUCUUCCGCUCGAACGAGUUCGGUCAUUGCAAACUAAAAAUUAGUAAAAGUACUACUGUAGUACGCCUACCGUGACACCCUUAGUACCGUGGAACAGAAAACAAAAAUGAACCAACUGCAGGCGCAGGGCAGGGCACCCGCAACAACGGCCGUCGUGGCAGCUACCGGAGCAACAAAGCGAGUAAAGAUGCAGACUUCUCACGCGCGGCUGCUGGUGCUGGUGGGCGGAACAACUACCAUGGAGGUACAAUGUAGUGACAAAAUGUAGGCGCUUCUACUUUGGGUAGAGGAACUAACAGACCACGAAGACCAACCAAAUGGCUCAAAUGGAAUUUAUGAAAGGCGCACAGAUUUAUCGGCUCCCAGUUUGUUAAUUGAUGUCUGAAACGGAAUGUAUGAAAGGGGCACAGAUUUAUCGGCUCCCGGUUAAUUUUUCAUUCAGGUCAUCAUGUGCAUGCUUCUCACGACGUUUCUAUGGCCGAUCGUCCUCCGCCAUUGCCGCCGCCGCCGAAGCCGGUACAAUUUCAAAAAUGUAAUCGCAUAGACAUAAGCUGCAUCAUGGAAUUUCAGUAGCUGUGACUGCUUUGCCUUUGUUUCCACGUUCGCAAACCAGUUGCAAUUGUGCCCAGAACCAUUCUUUUUUUUUCGAACAAAAAGAAGUACAAGGGUCAUCAAAAAAUCAGGUACGGAGCCUCGCGCCCUUCCGCAUCGAUGACGAUAUUCCAAUGCGCAACAAGGGAGGUCGCAAGUACCACAACCACAACCAUUCCCUCGGUCCUCACAGCAUGGGCGACCACCAUGGAAGUUUUAACCAGCUCCACCAGACUGAGUUCUUUGAUCCUAUGGUGGACAACAUGAACCUCCAGAACAGUAAUUACAACGACAACCUGAUCGGGGCGGCGGGAUUUUUACCGCAGCAACAAAACAUAAACCAUGGACCACAUGGAGACCCGUUUGUCCACCUGCCUCCUCAACCGCAGUCAAGCUCUCAUCAAUCCGGCCCGCCACAGCACCUGAACCAGCAAAAUUUGACCUGGCCCGUGGAGCCUUCCCCCGAGCACCUUUAUCGAGAGGUGAUGCAGCUGCAGCAGCAACCAGAGCUGGUCUUACCAGGGGGCCACAGCGGGAACACAUCCCAAUUGCAUGCGAUGCAGCAGCACAGCCAUAAUAUGGUUGGGCAGCUUUCGCAGCCCGAAGUUGGCGACGGCGGAUCAAGCGGUAACUUUUUCGUUCUCGAUCAGACCGCGCCCAACCAGUUUUCGCAGGCGUCGCUCCAGCAACUGACCGGGAACCAACUGCGGCAGCAGCUCUCCAACUUGACCGGCGGGAGCCUCGGGGGGUCCAAUCAAAUCCUCGAAAAUCUCGUCGGGCAAAACAGCGUCUCCCAGUUGGCUCCUGCAACGGGGUCUUCAGGCGGUCAUCCCGGGAGCGGCGCCAUUCCUCCGGAACUGUUGAUGUCGAUGAACUUUCGCUCGCGCGAAGAACUUGAUUCUUUCAAGCAACAGCUACAGACCGAGAUCUUGUCGCGGCAAGUGUACCAAGACCAAAUCCUACAGCAGCUGCAAGGCGCGUCGUCCGGGGCGCCGCAGAUGCACGCGCAAAAUCAACAAAACAACCAGCAGCAUCAUCUUCCGCCUCUGUUACAACAACAGUCUCCGCUCCUGUUGGAGCAAGGGUUCUUGAAUGGCAGCAGCAUCCAGGGAGUUGGGUCAUUGAACGGAGCCUCACAGCAGGUGGUCCCCGGCGCGCCACCGCAGCCGGUGGUGCAUUCCAAUACUCCACCCCCCACGUUGCCUGCCUUUCUUGACCAGCCUCUCGGAGGAGGGCCCGGCGUUGGGCAGCAACUUUUCCAGCAUCACCUUUUGUCCUCGCAACCGGCGCCGCAACAGGGAGUACAACAAGAUAGCUUCAACUUAUUUCCUCAGCCGCACAACUCAUCUGCGCAAGCGCAACCGGGAACAAGCAUGAAUCUCCUGUCCAACAUCCCCAGUUCAUCGCAGUCCUUGCAACAGCCACAACUCGGGCAACCGAAUCAUGCAGCCUCGCUUCCGACCUUCUUGGAGCAGCUCGUCGGCCCGAGCAGCAUGCAGCUUUUCAGUGGCUGUGGGGGAGGUGGUGGAGCGAGCAAUAAUACCUCUAGUACCGCGAAUCUAAUCACCGCGGGGACCGCCGCCACUCCUCCUCUCCCCUCAUCAAGUGGGACGACGAGCGGCUUGGUCACUUCUGCUUCGCAGCAGCAGCUGGCAGGUCAGCAGCAUUCGCAGAGUACUUCUAACGCACUGCAGGUGGAGCAGAGCCAGCAGCUGCCGCUGCAGCUUUUGGAUCAACUCCAAAUGCAGCAGCAGAUGCAGCAGGACCACGUGUCCGCUUCGACUCCGGUUUUUCAGUUGUCAACCAGGUCGUCGACUUUCAACGGAACCACGUCGACGACAAACAUAUUGUGAGGAAAAAUCCCCCCUCCCCAUAUCAAAAUGAAAACUUGUGAUGCUGGUUUGUGGUCACAAAUCGUCUUUGUCUUGCCUAUAGGGCAAUGGGAGCCAUGUGGCGCAUUCCAAAGCCAAUCUGUCAUGCGCUUUCGGCUACUGCAAACCUGUUUUCCAUGCGUAAUUACUACCCCUCUGCAUACCCAAACAGGCUCAGAAAUUGCCGCCAAGCACUUUCUGCAAGACAAACCUGAUUUGUGUACUCAAAUCCAGCAUCAGAAACUUCGUUUUGAUAUGGGGUGGGGGGAUAUUUCCUCACAAUAAAACACGUCUGCGAACCACCAGCUGCAGUUUCCGGCGCCGCUCCCCGGUGGCCAAGCUGGAGGCUGCGCCACUGGCGGCCAGCAGCAGCACCAGCAGCAGCCGAGCAAUGUGAUCAUGAACAACACCAGCGGAAACAAUCAUUUGUCCACGGUGCUGACGCCCCCACCGCUGGUGUCCCUGUCUACCACCGCGUCGAACAGCAAUCUUGUGGGAAGCUGUGGCCCGCAGCAACCCCCGGGGACCGGAGUGCCGGGCUGCGUUGCCGGCAGCAAGGGCGCGCAGCAGAACGGGAGUUGUGGGAUGGAUCCGAAUAGCAGCCACCCAACAAAUCUCGGUAGCUCUCAACAGUCCUUGGUCAACCAGCUGAUGGCCAUGAUUCAGAGCGGAACCCCGCCCCCCGUAUUGCAAAACAGCAACGGGCAAUCUAAUACACCGCACCAGAUGCAGCCAGGUACUAUAUCCUUUUCAUCCACUCUGGAGCUUGCCAGGAUGCAUUUUUGUACGAUCAUGUUGUUUGAAAAAAAAGAGAAGACGAGGCAGGAGUGAUUUUGGCCUGAAGCAUCCCUUUUUAUCACGACACCGACAGGUAUGCAGACCCUUCCAGCACCAACACCGCCGCCAAACAAGUUUUAUUGAGUUUUCGCGAAAAAUACAAGCUUCAGGUCCAGGAUAGAUUUUCGCCUAAACACAAGUGUAAUCAUUUUCCGCAGUCGCAAUUCAUUUUUUUGUGGCUUAAGAUUUUUUCAAAUUUGCGGUCACGGUAGUAGUUACUACAAAAGAACGUUCACUUUUAGAUUUUUUCCAGAGAAAAAAACUCCCAGCGUUUCACCAGUAGCAUCAUAAUGAAGACCUCCCAUAUAAAAAAGGACAGCGAAGUUCAUAUCGUUUCAGAUGAAAUGGAUGUUGUUGAAACACCUAAUCCGAAUGCAGUGUGGUUUAUUGAAAAAAAGUAAAAUGAAGUAUGCUGAAAAUGAAGGACAUAAACCUUGGGUUUGGUUUGCAGAAUAAGGCAGGUUUUGGAGAUCAACGAUUUCCAAGAAAAAAAAUGCACUUUGGACGAUGAUAUUGUACAAUUUCUAUUGGUUCCUGACAGUUGUCGGCCGCACCCCGGAAUAAACAUCGGAAUAAGUAAAAUUGAAUAUAUGCUGUUUCCAAUGCAACGACAGCAUUAUUGCGCAAAAACUAGUUUUACUCGUUUCAGUUUGUUUCUACACCCCUGCUGUCACAGAAGUUGUAGUUUCUGGUGCAUGAUGCAAAAUUUAUAUUUUUGUCUAUCAACAUGGGCCGCCCGUCUUUUUUGUGUUGGCUUCGCACAAUCACGAACUUGAAGCUUUGAUUUGCUCCUGUUGUUUAUUAUGACGCAGCUGAAAACAGAAUGCAGUGUGCAAACAAAUACAAAAAAAAAUAGAUAAUUUUAGGCCUACACCCACGAGCAAAUCCGAAUGGACUGACCUUGACGCCGACUCUACGAACGCUUUUCUACGGCUGGAUGCUCACAGAUGCAAGUGCUUACGCUGUUAAAACUCGUUGUCGCUGCUACCAAGUUCGAAGAACGGCCGAACACGCAAACAGUUCGCACAAAGCUACACUUACAGAUGAAACUACGCAUAGAAGAAGCAAUUACUUACUUUUGAACAUAGAAUAGACGACACACGAACUACAUAACUUCGCGAAGGCGAAGUGUUAUAAAUUGUUUGCAGGCAUCAAGCAGGAUAAUAUUAGGCAACACUCUGAUGCUGUCUUUCUUUAACCGCCGUCCAAAUAUUCAGACAACAAAAAAAGUAGCGAGGACUGGAUUACAAGGGAAGUGUUUGCAAUAUACAUCUGUAGUGCCACCCCGUGGACAGUUGUUUUAUGAAUUGCUUCAAUUUUUUUGUGAAGGUGAAUCAUUUGAUGUCGAAGUCGAGGAUUUUCCGUUUGAAAUACAAAGAACUGCAACAAAGAAUUAUUAAACGCUAGCAUGAAACUACACUGAAAUGAU